AUGUUUUUUAAGCGAAUAGCAAUGAACAAUGUUGAUCCAAAAAUCGAUUUUGACAGUUCAUUCAAUUGCGUUAAAAGUGCACAAGAACGCCUGGUUCGUCUCAGGGAUCGCCAGUUAAAGCGACGUGGUAUACUUCUCCGUCUUCUCCUAAGGGAUAGCUCCUUCUUGGCAAAACUAGAUACUUGUGAUAAUCGUAAUAUAACCUUGUUAGAGGUUCUUGGUCACCGUAGGCCUCUUCACUCAAAGUACGAUGAAAUCAUUCGCAGAAAACAGUCAAUCUUACCAAUCGUUUCCCGUCUGAAAAGUCCAGUGCUUAGUCUGAAACUACGUCGAGCGAUACAAUCUUUCUUACGCGAAUCUAGUACAACUAAUCAUGAUAAUAAUCAAAUUAUUCAACAAUGGGAUAAAUUCAGUCUCGAAGUUGUCGGUGAUAAACUUAGACAAACGCUGGCAUCAUGCAUAUCAAGCAAUACAAAUAGUGGUAAUUUAAACGAUAAAGCAUCGAAUGAAGACAAUGCUAUCAGUAAAACAGGAGAUCCUGGCGGUGAUUUAACUAUCAGGACUUUUACUGGUUCAGCUGCUUUUCUCAAAGGAACUCAGAGUGCUAAUCCACAUAAUGACUACUGUCAGCAUUUUGUAGAUACUGGUGAACGUCCACAAAAUUUCAUACGUGAUACAGGUUUAAGAAAUCGAUUUGAAGAAUAUCCUAAACUGCGUGAAUUAAUUCGACUAAAAGAUCAGUAUAUUCAAUCAAAAGCUACCCCACCUAUGUAUUUAUGCGCUGAUCUAAGAACCUUUGAUUUAAAUGAACUGGACUCAAAGUUUGAUGUUAUACUUAUUGAGCCUCCGUUAGAAGAAUAUCAUCGAAUGAAUGGUGCUGUAUUCGAUCAGUAUUGGAGUUGGGAUGAAAUUGAACGUUUGCAAAUUGAACAAAUAGCUGCUCCACGUGCAUUUGUUUGGAUCUGGUGUGGCUCUGGUGAAGGUUUAGAUGCUGCUCGUAGGUGUUUACGUAAAUGGGGAUUUCGUCGUUGUGAGGAUAUCUGUUGGAUUAAAACAAAUAUAAAUAAUCCAGGACAUGAAACGCUUGAACCGAAUGCUGUAUUUCAGCGUACAAAAGAACAUUGUUUAAUGGGUAUACACGGAACGGUUAGACGAUCAACAGACGGUGAUUUUAUUCAUGCUAAUAUAGAUAUUGAUUUGAUUAUUGAAGAAGCUCCACCACAGGGGAGUUAUGCUGCUAAAGAUAAACCAACUGAAAUAUUUCAUAUUAUUGAACAUUUUUGUCUGGGUCGACGAAGAUUACAUUUAUUCGGUCGAGAUAGUACACUGAGACCUGGUUGGUUAACUGUCGGUAAUGAACUGUCUGCAUCAAAUUAUGAUCCUCGUAUAUAUGCAAAUAAUUUUAAUAAAGAACCAAAUGGUUUAUUCCUUGGAUCAACUGAAGAAAUUGAACGAUUACGUCCAAAAUCUCCACCACCACGUCAUCCAAAUCCUAACACGGCUCCUAGUGGUAGUGGUACACCUAGUACUAUUUGUCCGAUUUCAGAGGUUACGCCUACACCAAUUUGUCCUAACCCUAUUUUACCACCUACUGGACAUAUAUCACGUUCAAUAUCGUCUAUAUGCUCACUUGGUAAUUCUGUUGUAUCAAAUAUUAGUUCACUUUCUGGAGUACCAUGUGGUAGUCAUUCAACACGUAGAUUUGGUCCUACUAAUACUGUUAUAAAACAACCAGUCAACUCUACCGGCCCAUUGACUAACUCUUCACUUUUAGGCCUACCAACUGCUUUGCAGAAUGCAUCAUCUAAUCGAUCUUCUUCGAGUACACGAAUUAAUUUACGCACACCUUUAAAUGCGCUCGCUGCCUCCAGCUCUUCGCAUAGACUGACUGCAUUACAGAUGGCUGCAGCUGCUCAUCAUCAAGGCAAUAUUCAUCCACCUAAUCCACCGAUAUGGUCAACUCCAAAUAAUUUUGCAGUAGCAUUGGCUGCUAUGGCAGCAGCAGCUGCAACCUCUCAUAACUUACCUGUUCCCUCUGCACUGAACUCUUCGAAUUCAAGGAGUGCUAUAUCUGAUUCACCUUUACUUGCUGGACUUGUCAGUGCUGGUAAACUGAAUCCAACUAUACUUGCAAUGUUGAAUACUUCAAAUCCUGUCAAUCCUUCAAGUCUAUCAUUAUUGAACAGUAUUCUCCGAAAUGCUACUACUUCUGGAAAACAUCCGAACAAUAGUUCAUGGCAUUGA